GAAACACGUUAACGUUGGUAACAAGUCCCUCCUUCAGUUUGGUCUGACCACGGUCAGUGGUGACCACACCGUCCAACGGCUGCCAGUCCCCGAACAUCACCACCGGUCCUCCGGUUUGCUCCUGUCCAUCAAUGGCUAAUUCAACCGUCAAUACGCCAGGUCAGCCUACAGUUACCGGACCAGGUGACGGUGGAGCAGGGGGAGGCAACCCGGACUACACUGCUUUCAUCCUGGUGCCUGUGUUCUUCAUCCUGGGCCUGUUGGGGGUGGUGAUCUGCCACGUGUUGAAGAGGAAGGGCUACCGCUGCACCACUGAGGCCCACGAUGAGGAGGAGGAGUUUGGGGAGCAGGAGAAGGAUCCUGAGCUGGGCGGAGACAUGAAUGACACGCUCAGUGAGAACAAUGACACAGUCGGGCAGAUUGUCCGCUACAUCAUGAAAAAUGAAGCAAACUCUGACGCCCUGAAAGCCAUGGUUCAUGAAAACAGCAUCGACUCUGAUGGCCCUCCGCUCACCCCCACCUCUCCCGGCACCCCGACCCCUCCCAUGACUCCCAUAUCACCGGGUGCACCUGCAGGAGCCGCUAAGCACACCUGCAACCACCUGCACACCAUCGGCGGCCUGGGAGGCAACAAGAACAUCUGCACCCGCUGCAGCCAGAAGAAAUGGCCGCUGAUGAGGAAGCCGUCGGCCCGUAAGACGGAGCAGCGCCGCAGCCACCAUGGAGAGGUCACGGUCCUGGCUGUGGGCAGGUUCCGGGUGACAAAGUGUGACAAACCAACCAGAGAGAGGCGGAGCCUGCUCGUAACAGACGCCAACGGGAGCGUCCCCACGUCUCCUACAGAGGUGGAGCCCAAGAGCCGGACGACAUCUGAGUCCCAGCAGGAGGAGACGAACAACUUGUACAAAGAGAAACGAUAGAAACUCAGUUUUCCAAAGAGAGGAGAAAAACAACACUCGGACACUUUUUAAAAACCCAAACAAGACCAAUGAAACAUCAGCGCUGGAGAGGCGAGGUCGACCCGGGAGUCGUCCCCUCCACAUUACUGCUCCACACGGAGUCACAAGUGCUGCUGCUGAUAAUGAUGAGGAUGACAGUGGCGAGAGUGACACACAGAGUCACAACAGCUGGUAAUUUUACAAGCAGAAAGCGGGGAAAGUGUGUCUGCUUGUGACACACAUCUCCUCUUAAAAUAGAUUUACAAUAGUGCCUUGCUCAAGGGGUGUUAAAGCAGGGCAGCUGCUUAAUGUCACGGGAGCCUGAACCAGGGCCUUCCCGAUGAAUUAAGGUCUUGUUACUCAAUAUGCAGAUGAUGUGAUGUUUUUUGUAUAUGAAGGUAGGGAAAAGUUUUGCAUGUCAUCAGUCAGUUAAUUGUUUAAUCUAAAACCCAGAAACAGGUACAGUCUGAGAAUAAAGUGUGGGUUGUCAUUCCCAAACAGGAAGUAGGAACAACCUGACGAUGGCCGUCACAGAGCCAGGAAGUAGACCGGAGUAUUAGGAGAUGUGACGAGAAGAGUUAAGAAACUGUAAUCGUAUCCUGUGGUGGUGUGAAGAGAGCGCAGUAUUCUGGGUUAAACGACAAAUAAGCUUCAAUAUUCAGACACAGACUCAUCGUUUUCUCUUAAAGUGACAGUGUUAUUUUGACAUUAAUUGCAAACCUUAAACAAGCCGUUCUGUUCCUGCCAGUCAUGGUCACUGCCAGAUUUUAUAUUUGUAAUUCCCCAUGUGUCAGACAUUUCUACGGAAGCUGAGAAUGGCCGUGCUUGCAGUUAUUUUUCUAAUGCCGUCAUCUUGAGAUCCAGAAGUUUAUUAUUUCGUUUUCUUGAGAUAACGAAGCUGUUUUGAUGUCGAUUCUUGAGAAAACAAAAGGCCAGUCUUUAGAGAAUUAAAUAAUUUAUCACAAGAAACAGGCGGUUAACAGUGGUUAGGUUUUUGUUUGCUGUAGUUGCGUCAUUAGAGCAAGAGGAAACAACCUUUGUGUUUUUGCCUGUUUUUAUAACGGGUCAAUUAUCUCGAGAUAACAAAGCUCGUUUUCUUGUGAUCACGGUAAUUUAUGUUGAUUUUCGAACAAACAGUUUACGGAUUUAUUGAGAUAAUAAGCUAAGUCAACACAAGAAAACAACUUUCGUCGUCUCAUAAUCAUUCUAGUAUUUAUAGAGAACUCAAAAGUGAGUGUCUGGCUUAUAAAAUAAUUGCAAGUUUGGCUGUUCUUGGCUUAAAUACUAAUCAAUCAGUCAAUUCUUGAGAAAAUACAUGGGUUGAUCAUGGUUUAAUUGUGGGAAACUCUACUCAGUUCAUUUAUCACACCUCACUGUCAUGACUGUCUGGAGAAUUCAUAACUAAAUAUAAAUGUGUAUUUUUGUUUGCUGCAUUAACGUAAUUAAAGCAAGUGACCUUUCUUUUCUCAAGAUGACAGGCUGAUUAUCUCUUUACUGCAAGUUAAAAAGAAAAGCUUUGUUAUCUCAGGAUAACAGUAUGAAAAAAUAUUAAACACGGCUGUUCUCGGCUUCCCUGCAUCACUAAAACAUUAAACUUUAUUGUUUUAGACAUUUUAUCAUCUUAUGAAGUUGUUUGAUUUUGUGAAAGUGUUUCCUGUUUACACCUACAACAUUAGAAAUCGUGGAGUUGGUGUUUAACUCUUUUAGCUUUGUUUUGGUCUCCACACAGGCGUUUAUCAGGUGGAGAAUGUCUAAGAUGCAUUAUGGGAAAUGUAGAAUUAAGUAUUUUUGGUGCUUGAUCUGAAAUAAAGACAAGGAGCCUGUUUCGACCUGGUAUUAACGUGUUUAGGUGAUUCGGUGUCAAUCAUGCAUCUUCAGCCGACCACUUGUGUUCAGAUUUCAUUACUGCUAGGAUGCAUUAGUGUUUACACUGCAAAAGAUAUGUGGUCAAAUACACAUGUUCAUACCAGGUAUAAUCAGUCUCUGAGAGACAGUAUAUCUCAGCCUGUGUAACUUUAUUAAAAAGAAAAAUCUGUCUCAAGUGAGUCCUGUACAGAGAGGCGAAGCCCCUUAUCUUCCAGUGUCCCCACCGGAACCUUUUUUCGGAAACAAUAGGUAUGGUAGUUAAAUGACGAGAGGCAAAUAAGUUGUUGAUUCUGUUUACAUUGUGCCACAAGUUACACAUAUGAUGUUUGUCAAUUCACAAGAUCAUUUUGUAAUUCAAGAAAGCUGCAAUUUGUUGAAGGUUCAGUUUUGUGUUAAACCGAUCAGUGAACUACAUCUUUUGUCAACACCAGCUAGCUAGCUAGCUUAGCCAUGUUCCACACACACGUAAUGUUCAGCAAGAGAGAAAGCUAUGACGUCACUGACGCAACUUGCAUACUUGUUUUAAUCAUGUAUUUUCAUGGUCUUAAACUGAAAACACACCAGCCCCCACCACGGCAAGGCACGUUAUGUGAUGCGCAUCGAUUGCUGCCCCUAGCAUGCACCAGACACGUCACACUGACGCAAAGUUAUUACUACUUUUACUGACAGAUCUGUAUCUCUUCCAAUUCUGCGUUAGCUUAAAAUCACGUGUGGACAGCCCCUAAUUAAAGUUGAUUUCUCAGCUUCUCCAGAGCUACGACUCGCCAGGUGAUAUCUUUUUGGCCACUGUCUUUAUGACAAGAUUGUGGGUCGUUUAGCUCGGGAUAUUUCUCCACCUCCACAACGAGUCUCUCGUUAUCAAUUCUUUGUCACACACAAGACAGCAACAGCUACGGAGUUCUCUUAAUACAUCCAUAUUGAGGAGAGGAGUCGAGCUGCUAUAGGAGCAGAGAAAAAGAGCUGCCACAGGAGCUGGUCUGUACAAGCAGAUAGCAAGUAGGGGAAAAUGCAUUUAAUUCGGGGGGUGAUGAGGCUGGAAAUAGGACAGCGGCAUGCGUCUAGUCGCUGCCGGUGUGGGGUUCUACAUCGAAAAUAUUAGGGGCGCAUUUUUUGACACAUGGCAUUCUGGCUUGCAAAAUAAUCUCAUGCGAAAUUUAUGGCACACUUCAAACUGGAUCAAAAAUUAUUUGUCUUUGUCGUUGACUACAGUAAACCUUUUUUCCGAAGUAAGGUCGCAUAGUGGUCCAUCGGAAUGGGAGGGACUCACCUCGCUAUAAAAGAAGGGUACUAAAUCAUUGGAGCAGCCCUUUAAAGACCCUCCUGAGUUAAGACAUAAUCACCUGAAUAUAUACUUUCCCAGAUCUUUGUGAUCAAACGUAUAAUUUUAGGCAUGAUUUCUUCCAGCUUUAUAUUUGUGAACGUAAUUGUACCUCAUUUUUUAAAAACACGUACAGUAAACCUGUUGUUAUUCAAAGUUGGGGAAAGUUUGCCGUGUUUUUAUUGUUGUAUAAUGAAAUAAAUAAAGACAACUAAUACAUAUCAAA